ACAACAGAUGAACCGUAAACUAAUUGACCGAGAUAAGGUUGAGAUCCGCCAUCCAUGUUAGAGUUUUGAAGCUACUACAAGCAGAGUUUGGGAGUUAUCUCGACGCUCUAUAGUGCCCGCUCAACGCAACUGGUUACUCAAAAUCAACUCAAAAUGGCUACACCACUUGAUAUCCCGACAGAGCCAUUGAGCAUUGAUGACGUUUUGCCUUUAAUUGGUGAAUUCGGAAAGUUUCAGGUUCUACUUGAAACAGCAUUUUGUAUAAUGAUCUUCCCAGGGUCAAUGCUUAUACUCAUACCAUAUUUUGUGCAACACAACCCUCCCUGGAUGUGCGUCGCCAACAGCACAGUUUGUCGUCUAAAUGGCACCUACGAUACACAGAGUAAGUUUUACAAAGAGAGAUGCAAAAUGCCGAGGUCAGAAUGGCAAUUCACAAAGCCGAAGGAAUAUUCUAUCAUGACUCAGUUUGACCUAUACUGCGACACAGAAGUAUACAGCUACUUGGCAACAUCUCUCGUCUUUCUCUCAUGGGCAGUUGGUGCGAUCGUACUGGGAUGGACAUCAGAUCGAUAUGGGCGAAGGCUAACUUUAUUGCCUUCCGUGGCGAUCGUCAUCAUACUUGGCUUCAUCACCUCGUUUUCUCCGACCCUUUGGUUCUACAUUCUAACACGCACUUUAAUGGGCUUUUUCGUCCCUGGUGGUGCUGUACAGAUGUUUGUGAUCAUUUCAGAGUUUGUAGGCCCAAAAUGGCGUCCAUUCGCUGGAAUUACACUUUGGUUUUCAUUUGCUCUCAGCGUAGUUGUGCUUGGAAUUAUAGCAAUCUUCGUUCAAACUUGGAAGAUUUUGAUGAUAGUCACCACAGCUCCAUAUUUUCUUGCAUUUGUUUUUUUCAAGUUCAUUCCGGAGUCGACAAGAUGGCUUCAUGUAAAUGGAAGAACUGACGAAGCGGUUGCGAUAUUUCGAAAGAUUGCCAAGGUAAAUGGAAAAGAGCUGCCGGAUAUAAAAUUAAAGCCAGUUCCAAUGGACUGCUCUCCUGGACUGACACAUUAUCUUCAUUUAUUCAAGCCUAAGAAAAUCGCUAUACGAAGUUUGAUCCAGGGAUACGCGUGGGUGGUCAGUGGCUUGGUGUUUUACGGUGUUUCGUUUGGUGCUGAUGACUUUAGCGGGAACAUGUACCGUGACUACAUCCUCGCAAGUCUGGUCGAUUUUCCAGCAAUCAUACUUACGAUUUACCUUUGCAACAAAAUCGGACGGAAGAAGACUGUUUUAAUUCCCAUGAUGAUAUCCGGAAUUUCAUGCAUUGCGGUCUCCUUGAUUCCUGCAAAAUCAGGAGGGAAAAAAUCAAAACUGAUCGGACUGCGUGUAUUUUUUGGUAUCCUUGGAAAGUUUUCCAUCACUAUGUCGUUUGAUGCUAUUUACACUUGGUCCACUGAAAUUUAUCCAACCGUUAUAAGAGGUGCUGGAAUGGGCUUUCUGCAAAUCGCUGCUCGACUUGGUUCUGCAAUGGCACCUUGGGUUGCAAAAUGGCUCAUGGUCUUCCACGUGGUGUUGCCUUUUUCGAUAAUGGGCGGAUCUGCUGUCAUUUGUGCCAUCCUGUUGCUUUGGCUUCCCGAAACAGCCGAUAAGAAGACCUUGGAAUCCUUGGGAGAUCAAUUUGAAGAGAAUGACAAUGUAGUCACAGCCGAAGACAUGGGUGGAGAAAGGAUGAAAAUGGUUGUUAGGGAAGACGUAACUGCUUGAGUUUCUUCUGUCAGUUUUGGCCUUUAGAUUUUGAUUUUAUCUUGUGCAAAAAUUCAACAG